AUAAAGGUUAUGUUUACUUAAAGUAAGUCGUCACGCGUUAUAGAUCAUAGUAUCGCAUGCGAUCAAAAUGUUUGAGAUGACUUGACAAAGAAUAUAUAAUGGAUCCCCUGCAAAUAUUUGAAAAUUUUAAAUUAGAUACAUUAGAUGAAAAGUGGAGUGAUGAAGUGUGGCAAAAAGAAUUUAUGUCUUUUCCCGAGCCUCCAGCUGAUUAUUCUAUUUUAUUGGGAAGUGAAGACAUGGAAGCAUAUUUGAAAGAGGCUUAUAGUGCUGUAAAAAACUGGAUUUUACACAAUACAAUUAAAGAUAAUGUUAAUGAUCAAGAUAGAGUUGAAGUUUCGUGGCAAACUUUUAUCGCUUUAAAUAUUAAUAUAAGAGGAUUACUUGCUAUUCUAGGAUAUCUUAUAAAAACAGGUCAGAAUGUAGGAGCAGAUGAAGAUUCUCGCCAAGCAUGUCUAUCAUCUACUAGUUUAUAUUUUACACUUUUGAGUAUUCCCGGUAGUAGUACAUUUCACGUUUUUCAUCCAAAUUUGUACCAAUGGGCAAUUGAAACAUUAAAAUUAAGUGAACUAUUAGUAGUACAUAAAAAGAACCAUAGAAUUAAUGACUUGGAAAGCUUAUAUGCUAAUGAUCAAAAUGAAGGUAUAUUGCAAAGUGAAAAAAUUACUUUAGUAAAAGGUUUAAAUAGUAUUUUAUUUGAUUUAAUUACAAUGUUGAAAACAUUUUAUAUGAAAUACCAAGUAAGAUCAUUAGAAAUAACUGUAUUAUGCUUAGUUGAAGUAACAAAAUUAGAAACUGAAGUCAAUCAUUUUCAAACUUAUCACAAUAAAAUGAUGAUAAAGGCUUCUAAAACUUCUUUAUCCUUUAAUGCUUAUGUAGCUUUACAAGAUCUUUGCGAUACAAGACAUGGAGGUAUAGAAGAUACUAUCCGAUUGAUAAUGAAAUAUUUGAUGCCUCAUUUUUAUCCAAAUUAUUUAGAUUUACCAUCAAAGGCAGCUAAUAUAGUUUGGGAGACAAUAAUAUAUUUUUUAAAAAAAUUAUUAAUUUCAAAAGGAUCAUAUGCAGAAUUGGGGAUGAAAACAUUAAUACAACAUUUAUUAGUAAAAUGUCCUGAUCGAGCAGAAGCUAGACAAAAGCAAGCAACAGUUAUUUCAAAAUUAAUUAGUAUAUGUGAAGGAGAUACUUUUCUUAAAUCUAUAGAAAACUUAAUUAAGUUUGCUCAUCAUAACAGAAUACCAUACAGAAUAUUUGCUCAAGAAGUUAUUGGAAAACUAUUGUUAGAAAUGCCUAUCAAUGAAUCGGAUGAUGAAACUCAUAUUAGAGAAAAAACUAAGUUAAUAUUAAUUGCUACUACUCUCAGUCGCUGUAUUGAUUUUUCAAGUAUGGUGAGAGGAAAAGCAAUGUCAAUAAUUGAAUCAAUUGUUAAUAGUAAAGUUUUUACAGUCAAGGACUUUUUAAAUACGUUAGAACAAGACAAACCAUUCCCAACAGAAACAAUUCUUUUACGAGGUCUUAUAACUGAUCUUAAUCCUUUUCCUGGAUCUGAAACUUUUAAUUCAGUUUUAUUAGAUAGAAUAAAAGAUGAACGAGCAUUAGUGAGACGUAGUGCAACACAUUUAUUUGAAAAUUUAGUAAUGAACUUUCCAGUUCUCUUACAUAGUGUGGCACCUAUUAUCAGUCAACACUGUAGAGAUCCUACAUUAAUUGUUCGUCGAGAUGCAAUUCAUGUAUUAGCUAGUCUUUUACAAAGUAAUCCAUUUGAUGAAAAAGUAAUACAUGAAUAUGUAAGAGCUGUCUUACCUCGGAUAUUUGAUGUUGAAACUAAAGUUCAAGAAAAAGUUUUAGAAUCAUUACAGAAUUUAGUUUUAAACAGGAUAAAAUCAUUUAAUGUAAAAGUUAAUGAUGAGAUAGAUCGUCUACCAUGGAAAAUUAUAAGAAAAAUAGCAGAGGAAAAAAUGAGAAAAAACUUAUCAAAAGUCUGUGAUAAUUGGGUAAAAAAUGGUGUUAUUACCAAUUUUUUAAUUAAUAGAAUACAAUCUCAUGUAGGAACAGAAAAUGAUACAGAAGUAUGGAUAUUACUCUCAUCUUUAUCAGAACAUGUAGAUCUCAAAAAUAUGAAAAAAUAUUUUGAAAAUUAUAAAGAAAUACUUGAAAGUAAUGAUUUUGUCACUACCUUAAAACUAGAAGUUUUACGAUAUAUGUGGCAGACUAUGGGUAAAGAGUAUUUGGAAAAUCUUUAUGCAUAUCUUUAUAAAAGUCUUUGUAAUUUUGACAUUGGUCUGGAAAGUAUAAGUAUGUGCAUAGAUAUUUUAGGUGGAAUUACAAAAUACUUACAUACAUCUACCGGAGACGAAGUCAUGCAUUCACAUGUAAUUGAUUUGAUUAGAUUAUCUGAAGCCCAAAUCGAACAAUUAACAGAAGAAGAUGAACACAUUGAAGAGGAAACAAUUAACAUAUACUUAAAAGCUAUGAGUAUUUUAGGUCAUGCUUCCCUAUUAUGUUCUGAAAGUGUGUCAGAAUCUACCUUGCACAUUAUUCAAAGUUUACUAUUGGAUUGUGAUUCAAUUAAAACUCCUAUAAGUUGUAUAGAAAGAUUUAAAGCUGCUGGUAUAGUGUUAUUAGGACAGCAAGCAAUGAGAGAUCGAGAAAUUGCUGAGCAAAUAAUGCCGAUUCUGGGACGGCUAAUGUGUAGAAGUAACACAUCUGAAUCUUUAGUGCAAGCUGCUAUCAGAGUAAAUGCUGUAAAAGCCUUAGCUGAUCUUUGUGUUAGAUUUACUGCCUUAGUGGAACCUUAUUUACCAGACAUGUGCAUAAGUAUGAAAGAUGCAAAUGUUAUGGUUAGAGAAGCGAUAGUUGUGAUAUUUGUACAGCUACUGCUUGAAGAUUAUAUUAAAGUGAAAGGUGCAUUUUUCUAUCACAUAUUAACAAUGCUUUCUGAUAAUGAUGAGACAAUAAGAGAGUUAACAGUUUUCCUUAUUAAAGAACGAUUAUUAGUAAAGAAUAAGACAUUAAUAUCUCAAUCUUUUGUAAGAAGUUUAUUUCAUUAUAAUAAUUGUAAAACAAGACAUACAUUUAAUGAUAGAAAAAUAAGAAAAAAAGAAAGGGAUGCUUUAACAUUACCUGGUCAAAAAAAUGAAGCAAAACGAUGGAUGAUUUAUGAUUUCAUGUUAGAGCAUCUUGAUCCACCAAAUAAACUCAAAAUUUUAAUUAAAUUAAAUUCAGAAAUUUUAGAAGGAAUAUGUGAAAAAUCUAUAGAUAUAAAACAUACAGAAGGUGCUUGUGUUCUUAAGGAUGUUAUUUAUAUUAUUUCGAACGAUCGAAUGCAGGCUUCUUUUGGCAGUAAAAUGCAAGAUGAAGAUUAUCAAGAUGAAAAUACUGCUGUUCUUGAAAAUCCAUCUGGUAAUGCAAUUAAUGUUAUAAUAGAAGGAACGAAAAAAUUCAAAUUUAAAGUUAUGUUACAAACUUUAAUAAAACUUAGACAAUUUCUUACUAAUUGUAAGUCUCCACUAUUAGUUGAUGUUUCAAAAUUUCUUAUAAAAAUCAUAUCUGAAUUUAAUAAAGAUCAAGUAGCAGAAAUAUUUGAUGAACAUCCUGAACUCAAAAUCGAAAUUGAUCAAGAUAUUAGUACGUGUCGAAAAAGAUCUGAAGCAGAUGAUUCUGGCUCACUUGAGAAACAUGUGUCUGUAGAUAAAGAUGUAACUGAAGAAAAUGAAAAUUAUCCUCUAAAGAAAAGAGACUUAAAUGCUAAUGUAUCUACAAAAAAUAACUUUAAAAAACAUAAAUCUAGUGCUACUACUUCAAAGAAACUUCAAGAUAUACAACUAACUACUCUACCAAGAAUAGUUCUACGUAGAUUAUCCACUUUAACUUAUCCAGGUAUAAAGGAAUGGAAAAGCCCUCCAAGAGAAACUACAAUUUCUCCAAAUUCAAAUGCUGAACCAUCCAGUAGUGGAAUAACAGUUAGCUCAAAGAGUUCAAUACAAAAUAUUAAUUCAUCUUCUGAUGUGUUAGAACCAGAGUCAACUAAUAAGCCAAAACCAAAUAACUAAAUUCUUGGAGGGAUCUUAUAAUGUACAAAAUGUAAGAACAUAAGUGUUGGGUGCCCAAUACUUAAACUUCUGAAGAAAAUGCUGGAAAAUUUUCUUUGAUUCCCUUUUUAAUUUUAUCUUGACAGUUUACAAAAUAUA